AUGAAGAGGAGAAUAGGAAGCGUGAACGCUCUGCACCAUCAGAAGGUAGCAACACUGAUAAAGUUCGACAGAAUAGACUUGUUGCAAGUUCAGACUCCACAUAAAUUUCCUUUGGUUGUUUGCUUGACAAUUGCAGAGUGCCUAGUGCGAAGGGUGUUAAUUGAUCCAGGGAGUAAUGCGAAUGUCAUGCCAAAGGUCAUUUUUGAUCGGCUCGAGAUCAAGUCGGAGAGGCUUAAAUGUAUUGGAAAUCCGUUGUUGGGAUUCGAUGGAAAAAGAGUAGAACCGAUCGACACAGUAGAACUGCUUGUUCGAGCUGCCGACAGGGAACUUAUCGAAAGUUUUGUAGUAGUGGAGAUCUAUCCCUCCUACAAUCUGUUGAUAGGAAGAGGGUGGAUUCAUAGGGUCCAGGGAGUUCCAUCGACCCUGCACCAGGUAAUGCGAUGUCUGAACUCGGAUGGAAGUAAAGUGAUUGACAUCUAUAGGGAUCAAGUUGCUGCCAAGGAAUGUUACUCGAUAACUCUGAGAGCCAUGGGGAAGGAGAAAGCCCCCAUCUGCUCUACCUACCCGAAUCCGAGCGUCAAACCUGUAAGGCAGAAGCAAAGGAGAUUCACCCCGAAGCGCAAUCUGAUCAUUGCUGAUGAAAUUGAUCGAUUGUUAGAAGCUGGGUUCAUUAGGGAGGUUCAGUAUCCGUCCUGGCUAUCGAACGUGGUAGUAGUACAAAAGAAGAAUGAAAAGUGGAGGGUCUGCAUUGACUUCACCAACCUGAAUAAAGCUUGCUUGAAAGAUAGCUUUCCACUCCCAAAGAUUUAUCAGAUGGUAGAUGCUACGACUGGAUAUGAGCGGUUAACUUUCCUGGAUGCAUAUUUAGGCUACAAUCAAUCCCUAUGGAUCCAAGCGAUGAGGAAAAGACUUCUUUUGUUACUGAACGAGGGAUCUACUGUUACAAGGUUAUGCCGUUCGGACUAA